UAUUUUUAUUUUUACAUUUACAAUACUGUAGCUGUUUUUGUGCUUAAUGUAAUAUUUCAGAAGCACCCCUAUUGUCAUCUUUGGAAACUAAAUGUUAUUCUUGUGAACAUUAUCUCCACAAUAACAAAGAUUUUUGGUUUUCUCCAAUAAAUUCUUGUCCAAAAUCAAUUACAUGAAUAUAAAGAUUGUCUUGUUAAAAGACAUCACAAAAGAGUAUGCAGAGUAAUGUUAACUAAUGGUAAAUAUCAAUGAUUGUGAUUAUGCCUAAAUUUUAUCCAGCAUCUGCCUGAGUAGCACCGGUAUCAGCCCCACAGGCAUGCGCACACUGGUCCCUGCACUGUGUAAGUUAACCAGACUGAUCAAACUGGACAUUAGUCUUAAUGACAUAGGAGACCCCGGGCUGGAAUGCCUGGCUGCUAUCCUCCACCACCUCACAGCCAUGAAGGUGUUGGUUCUCAGUUGGACACGUAUCAGUGACAGGGGAAUAUCAUCCCCGAUCAAAGCUCUGCCUCACCUGGUGCAAUUACAGGUGUUGGAUAUGAGCUCCAAUAACAUAGGAGACUCAGGGAUUGUCUCACUGGUGCAAACACUCUGCCAGCCCAGCAGUUUGGACAUGAAACAAAACCCACCUGGUGACAAGAGUCUGACCACAGCCCCUCACUAUAACACCACACUACAGAAGCUGGACAUUGGGAGGAAUAAGGGAGUAACAGGAGCCGGACUGGGGAGGGUCGCACAGGUCAUCAGCACACUGCCGGCACUGACCAGGCUGGACAUGUCUGGUCCCUGGUUCACACCUACACACCUGUCUGACACCGCUGCCAUGGAUCUGGCCAAGGCUCUACCCAGACUCCCUGCCCUGGAGGUGCUGAACCUGCAUCGCAUCUCCAUGGAGCCUGCAGGGUUCCAGGCUGUGGUGCUGAACAGCGAGGCAGGAAAAGGAAGGCAGAGUGUGAAGUUGAAGCCCAUCCUGAUUCAGACAGAUCAACAUGUGAUGACGGUGGUACCUGGGAAUGUAAAGUGUCAGAGGACACACAAGCAAAGAAGAUUAGACUGUGCCUGAGCCGUCAUCCACAGUGUCUCAGCAGUGAAGACUCGUCCAGUCACCAAGGCCAGGAGUCACCUGGAACAGUUUCUGAUUCCUCAAACGACUGCCUCUCCACUACAUCUACUACAGAGUACAGCCUCAGUCAGGACACAAGAAUAAAGUCUGCCAAUUUUGGUGAGAUAUUAAACAAGGAGCACGCGCACAGUCCAUUCUGCUGCACGACACUCAGGCACAAGCUACUCUUCCAUCCUAUCUUUUAUGAUAGGGAACUCACAAUAAAUACAACCUCAACCUAAUUCUCAAUGAAUAAUCAGCACAAAACUUCCAUGAUACAUAGAAAAUAUACUUUACAAAUGACUUUUCAAGAGAGAACUCGUCCAACUCCUUGGAGAUAACUUUGGGACUGGCACUGACGCGGUAUUUCGUAAAACGGGACUACAAAUCCACAAGAAGCUACGCCAACUGACUCAUUUGAAACGGAGUAGGUAUACAAAUCAGUUUUCCCUUGAAUCGUGGGUUCAGCUAUCUGACAAAGAGAAAAAACUACAUACCUUCAAAAACUGCAAAGAGUGUUCAAAAUCUAAGUACAGAGCAUAUCAAGAUCUUUGGUCCGGCAACACUACUGGUGCUAACCCUUUGAAGGACAAAACUACUAUUAAUGCAACUGUCUGUGCCAGACAAAUUUACCACACUGUAAAUACCAAGUUCCAGAAGAAAUUCAAUGUCUCAUUUGGGGAGUCCUUGGCCAGAGUUUCUGAGGCUAAGGUCCAGGUGAAGAAAACGACUUUAAAAGAAAAGGGAAAAAGGGCUGCUCUGAGAAAAUGUGGUCCUGUGGUCUUAAACGGCCCAGAUCCUAAAAGCUCGCACAGCUACGUAUACAUUUGUACUUCCUAGCUGUCUUUCACUUUAGACUGACCUAUUUGUGAUCUUGCCAGUGACAGAGAUGCCUCACUACACGA